AUGGAUGCUGGUAGAAGACAGAUUUUGGGUUUGGCUUUAGCCAUCAUUGGUGUAUUGGGGACUAUCAUGAUCUGUGCUCUCCCUGCCUGGAAAGUCCUCAUUAAUACUUCUGUGUACUCUCGUGAAAUUUAUGGAGCAUGGCAUGGUUUAUGGAAAAUCUGUACAAUAUACGCCACAGGCAAGAUGGAAUGCGUUGGGUAUGAGGUUUUUGCACCACUGGUAGAUGACACCACGAAUGCUACCAGAGCACUCGUCAUUAUCGCAAUCCUCAGUGGGAUCUUUGGAAUCCUGCUUGGUGUGGCCGGGAACAAGCGCACUAACUUCAUGUCGGAUGAUGGGCAAAAGCGCAAAGUGGGCUUUGCUUCUGGGGUUGUCUUCAUAAUUGCAGGUUUCUUGGUGCUCAUACCUGUCUGCUGGAUUGCCAACAUCACCAUUCGUGAUUCCUACGAGCUCAGAAAUGACAGUAGUGUCAGCAUAAAGCUGGGAGCCUCACUCUACAUUGGCUGGUUCACCACUGGGCUUCUGUUCCUGGCAGGAGGCCUGCUCCUGUACCGGCAGGAAUGA